UCGAAUUAUAAUUCAUUCCACUGCUUAUCAUCACCUCUCUCCAUCUAGGUCUUCCUCUUCUUCUCCAACUCCCUCCUUUGUCACCGACUGAGUUCCUCAGCAAUCCGACACAACCAUCUCUCAUUCUCACUCUCAGCAAGCAACACACCCAGUCGAAGGUAGCUGCUCGUCCCAGUCGGAGGUCCGUGUCAGAGACACUCUUCUCUUCUUCCUCCUGCUUUUCUAAUCUGUUGCAGAGUCAGUGGAAUUAUAAUUCCAUUCCACUGCUUAUCAUCAUCUCUCUCCAUCAUUUGGGUCUUCGUCUUCUUCUCCAACUCGCUCCUUUGUCACCGACUGAGUUCCUCAGCAAUCUGACACAACCAUCUCUCAUUCUCACUCUCAGCAAGCAACACACCCAGUCGAAGGUCCGUGUCAGAGACACUCUUCUCUUCUUCCUCCUGCUUUUCUAAUCUGUUGCAGAGUAUAACCUGGACCAGUCCAAAAGAGGCCCAAUCUAGGCCCAACAAUACAAGGACGGCUUCGGGGCCCUAGCCCACCUCCUCCUUUCGCCAAUUGUUGUCUUCUCUCUCUAACAGCGGCGCGGGUUCUCAGAGUGAAAGCUCGAGUAGAAGCAGAAAUGGCUGAUGAGAAAGAAGGGACCGACCUACUGGGUUCUCCAACUUUCAAAGUUCUCGAUAAUGGCCGCUUCAAGUGUGUUGAGACAGGCCAUGAAGUUUUGGACAAAGACAAGGAUUCCUACUCCAGCAGCAAACGGUGCCGUUUGGGCCUUAUCGACUAUGCCGUCUCCCAUAAUAAGCCUCCUCUUAACGUUUUCAAGCAAGACCUUCUUUCCCGUUCGAAGCUAGUGUGCAAUAUAACUGGACACACAGUCAAUAAGUCCGAGGAACAUAUCUGGAAACAUAUAAAUGGGAAACGCUUCCUCAAUAAACUAGAGGAAAUGGAAACACAAAAGCUAAAACCCAAUGGCAUGGUUGAAGAAGUGGGUGAGGAAAUUACCCCAGAAGGGUCUAAGCAUGGCAAAGAUAUUGAGAAGAAAAAGAACAAGAAGAAGAAGAAGAAAAAGAAAAACAAGAAGGACAAGCCUGUUGAGGAGAUUAUAUCUGAAAUCAGAGAGUCUUCUGGUGUAGAAAGUGAUUUAGAAGAGGCUGACUUUUGGAUGCCUCCUUUGGGAGAACGUUGGGACUUCGAUGAUGGCGGAGACCGGUGGGGUUCAGAUUCAGAGUCAGAGUCAGAGCAUGAAGGUGAUGUCGUCGAUGAAAAUGGUGAUGCAGUUGAAGAUGAUGAUGAUGAUGAUUGUAAGGAGUCGGAAGAAAUUUCGACGCGAACCAAAAGAAUGUCCAUAGAGAUUGGACCGAGCAACUUUGCCUCAAGAAAGAAGAAGAUUAAGAAGAAUACUGAGAGUUGAUAUUUUGUAUUUUCAUAGCUUAAAUUGUUUAAUUUCUGGUGUAAAACUGUUUCUUAUACAUGUGACUUGCAAACAGUUCUUUUUAAUCAAACAUGUUCAAUACCCAAUUAUGGGCAAAUUUUUAACAAGUAUGAUAGAUCUGUUGAAUUAAAA